UCAUCAAAACUUUCAUAUCUUAGAUUAUCUCUCUUCUCUCUCUCUCUCUCUUAAGAAUAUCGGAAAUUUCUGAAGCUUUGCUAUAGUUGAUCUCGAGUCAUGCCUCCGAUGAAAGCUGUGUUGCAAUUGAGCAUUCACGAGGAAAGAAUCAGGAAGAAAGCGUUUGUUACUGUUUCUAGAUGUCCAGGUGUUACUUCGAUAACAAUUGAUGACAAAACCGGGAAAAUGACUGUAGUUGGUGAAGUUGAUGUACCGGUUAUUGUGAUGAAGCUAAGGAAGCUAUGUAACACAGAGCUUGUUUCGGUUGAAGUUGUUAAACCACCUGAGAAAAAGCCUGAACCGGAGAAACCGGCUCCACCUAAACCAGCUCCAGCUCCAGCUAAACCGGGUGAAAUUGUUGCCUGGCCGGUUCAGAUGAACAACCCUUACCAAUACAAUCCUGCCUAUGCAAAUUCUUACUAUCAACCAUACGGGAAUUCUAGAUUUGUAACGGACGAAUCAAAUUGUGUGAUUAUGUGAUUUUUAUAGAGUUAUUUCAAAUAAUGUUUAAGUUAGUUUUAAUGGAAGAGUGUAAUUUUUUGAGCUAUAUAUACAUUUAUCAUAUGAGCUUAUUCGGAAAAAAAUUAUGUUACUGUGUGAUAAAAUUGAUCUUGUUUU